AUGUAUCCUUUUUAAUUAUGAUAUUUAGAAUGGAAAUCCAAUUUAAUUUGACUUUACUUAGAUGCCAGAGAAUCUUGAAUUUUGGCAGUUUGAUCUAUUGCAAAAAGGUUAUAAUCUCAAUGAUUGUAAACCUACUAGAGAAGAUUAAGAAAAAUUCUUGGUAGAAGAAUUUGUCAUAAAAGGAUCAAGCUUUUAAUUAGAAUAUAGUAGGAAUGUUACGAGUAGAGUGUAAGGAUUUGUUGAUAAAAUUAAAGAAGAUGAAUCCUAAAAUAAAAUUGGAAUUGUCACUCAUUUUCAAAUUAUUAAAGCAAUAUUAUAAUGUAGUAAAUAAAGAAUAGAUUUUAAAUUUGGUAAUGGAGCUGUGUUUGGACUUAAUUUGUGAUUUGCAUGAUUAUUUGAUAUUUUUUAUAAAUAUUGAAACACAUGGAUCUGUUUCGAAAAGCUGA